CGGCGCGACCGAACCAGGAGCGGGCCCCGCGGGGCCAGGCGCCCGAGACGCGGCCCAGCAUGGUGGUGGAGCACCCCGAGUUCCUCAAGGCAGGCAAGGAGCCUGGCCUGCAGAUCUGGCGUGUGGAGAAGUUUGACUUGGUGCCAGUGCCCCGAAAUCUUUACGGAGACUUCUUCACGGGCGACGCCUAUGUCAUCCUGAACACGGUGCGGCUGAGGAAUGGGAACCUGCAGUACGACCUCCACUACUGGCUGGGCAAUGAGUGCAGCCAGGAUGAGAGCGGGGCGGCCGCCAUAUUCACCGUGCAGCUGGACGACUACCUGCAUGGCCGGGCCGUGCAGCACCGCGAGGUCCAGGGCUUCGAGUCGACCACUUUCCUCGGUUACUUCAAGUCUGGCCUCAAGUACAAGAAAGGAGGCGUGGCAUCCGGAUUCAAGCACGUGGUUCCAAACGAAGUGUCGGUGCAAAGACUCUUCCAGGUCAAAGGGAGGCGCACGAGCCGCGCCACCGAGGUGCCUGUGUCCUGGGACAGCUUCAACGUCGGCGACUGCUUCAUUCUGGACCUGGGCAAUGACAUCUAUCAGUGGUGCGGCACCAAAAGCAACCGGUACGAGAGACUGAAGGCCACGCAGGUGUCCAAGGACAUCCGGGACAAUGAGCGGAGUGGCCGGGCCCGAGUGCACGUGAUCGAGGAGGGUGGCGAGCCUGAGGCCAUGCUCCAGUUGCUGGGCCCCAAGCCGACUCUGCCUGAUGGUCCUGAUGACACGGUCGAGGUGGACAUGAGCAACCGCAGGAUGGCCAAGCUCUACAAGGUCUCCAAUAGCGCAGGGUCCAUGGCGGUCUCCCUUGUGGCUGACGAGAACCCCUUCGCCCAGGGGGCCUUGAAGUCAGAGGACUGCUUCAUCCUGGACCAUGGCAGCAAUGGGAAGAUCUUUGUCUGGAAAGGCAAGCAGGCCAACAUGGAGGAGAGGAAGGCUUCCCUCAAAACAGCCUCUGACUUCAUCAGCAAGAUGGGCUACUCCAGACAGACCCAGGUCUCCGUCCUUCCUGAUGGCGGCGAGACCCCGCUGUUCAAGCAAUUCUUCAAGAACUGGCGCGACCCCGACCAGACAGACGGCCCCGGCCUGGCUUACCUCUCCAGCCACAUUGCCCACGUGGAGCGGGUGCCCUUCGACGCUGCCACCCUGCACACCUCCACCGCCAUGGCCGCCCAGCAUGGCAUGGAUGACGAUGGCACUGGCCAGAAGCAGAUCUGGAGAAUUGAAGGCUCCAAUAAAGUGCCCGUGGACCCCUCCACAUACGGCCAGUUCUACGGGGGAGACAGUUACAUCAUCCUGUACAACUACCGUCACGGCAGCCGGCAGGGCCAGAUCAUCUACAACUGGCAGGGAGCCCAGUCCACGCAGGAUGAGAUCGCUGCGUCGGCCAUCCUGAGUGCCCAGCUGGAUGAGGACCUUGCCAAUCCCCAUCUCUGCCAGAGCCGUGUGGUCCAAGGCAAGGAGCCCGCCCACCUCAUGAGCCUGUUUGGUGGGAAGCCCAUGAUCAUCUACAAGGGCGGCACCUCCCGUGAGGGUGGACAGACGGCCCCGGCCAGUACCCGCCUCUUCCAGGUCCGAUCUAGCAGCUCUGGAGCCACGCGUGCCGUUGAGAUCAUGCCCAAGGCUGGUGCGCUGAACUCCAAUGAUGCCUUUGUGCUGAAAACCCCUUCAGCUGCCUACCUGUGGGUGGGAACAGGAGCCAGCGAGGUGGAGAAGACAGGAGCCCAGGAGCUUCUCAGAGUGCUGCGGGCCCAACCUGUGAAGGUGGCAGAAGGCAGCGAACCAGAUGGCUUCUGGGAGGCCCUGGGCGGGAAGGCUGCCUACCGCACGUCCCCACGGCUUAAGGACAAGAAGAUGGAUGCCCACCCUCCUCGCCUCUUCGCCUGUUCCAACAAGAUUGGACGUUUUGUGAUCGAAGAGGUCCCUGGAGAGCUCAUGCAGGAAGACCUGGCCACCGACGACGUCAUGCUCCUGGACACCUGGGACCAGGUCUUUGUCUGGGUUGGAAAGGAUUCGCAAGAAGAGGAAAAGACAGAAGCCUUGGCCUCUGCUAAGCGGUAUAUCGACACGGACCCUGCCAACCGGGACAGACGGACUCCCAUCACGAUCGUGAAGCAAGGCUUUGAGCCUCCCUCCUUUGUGGGCUGGUUCCUCGGCUGGGAUGACAGCUACUGGUCUGUGGACCCCUUGGACAGGGCCCUGGCUCAGCUGGCGGCCUGAGCAGGCCGGGCCCCACCGUACUCUGUCAGUGCCUUCCAGACUGUCCGUUCUUCGAGGAGACCUGGCGGCGAACAGGGCCACUCUGGGGUGUGUGAGUGUGUUUUGUAAUAGCCAAUAACAGCCCUGCAAAAGUCCAGGGUCCUUGCAAAAUCUCCUAAAGUUUCUCUGCUUCUGGAAAUGGAAUUUAAUAAAAGCUUUUUGAAGUGUG